AUGACGCAACAUUGUUACAACCCAAAUGUUUCUAAUGUCUCACGUAAUGCGAGACUGCAAGAUCUGCUCACUGAGAGGAACAAAAGUUACAUUGAUAUUUACAUACACCCAAUGCAACAUUCGUGUAUGCAGCGGUACAUGCGACAUUUCAACAGGUUUCGUGCAUGUUCGUGUUGUUGGAAGGUAGUAAACAUAGCUUAA